AUGUCCAGCGAAGCAGAGCCCGUUCCUGUCGCGAAUCCGCCAGCGGUGUCAAAUAACCCUAACUCAAAUCCGUCAACAGAAUCGGCCCCAGUAGUCGAUGACGUCAAGGUGGCUGAUACCAACAAACCCAACGAGACUCCAUCAAAUGAUAGGCCGCCCUCAGUGGAUACGAUUCGAACGGUCGAGGACUAUGAAGUGCUCGAUAACAAAGGCGAGAAGCAUUCGUUCAAGAGUAUCUACGAUGGACCCGAUUCAACGGGGCGAGUUCUGGUGAUUUUCAUUCGCCAUUUCUUCUGUGGAAGCUGUCAAGACUACAUUCGCGCACUCGUAGAGUCAAUCAAGCCAGAAGAAUUACUGCAAUUACCUACAUCCACCUCCGUCGCCAUCAUCGGCUGCGGUGACCCUGGCUUGAUCGACUUCUACGCCAAAGAAACGGGAUGUACAUUCCCCAUCUACGCUGAUCCAGCAAACACCCUGUACGAUGAUCUGGGCAUGGCAAUGAGCUGGGCCUUUGGCCCAAAGCCAGAGUACCUCCGCAGAAGUAUGGCUCGAGUUGUCUCGAGUUCGAUCAUGCAGUCGCUCAAGCACUUGACUAGCGGACUUGCUACGAAAGGAGGAGAUUCGAAACGUAUUGGUGGUGAAUUUUUGUUUGAACCAAGCGGCGAAGAUGCAGGGAAGAAGAUUACGUGGUGUCAUCGGAUGACGAAUACGCGCGAUCACACUGGGAUCGAUGAGUUGGCAAAGGUGCUUGACGCAGAUGGUAAGAUUUUGUUGCAGAAGGUGUAG